AUGCACCCUUUCUCGGUCCUAACUGCGGGCAUAUUCGUUGCUGGUUACAUCACCGCGCGCUGGGACCUCGUCACGCGUCUGUAUGAGCUUGCAAUCUUCGCCUGGGACCACGGGGUUGUGACGCGCGCCGCCAAGGGCUUUCUCGUCUUGUCAAUCGCCUUCUUCCUCAUCAUCGUGCCCAUUGAGCGCAUCGCCGCGCACGAGGCCGCCGAGAGGUUCCUUUUGACCGGAGUGCGGAAUGUUGACAUGGUCACGAACAAUGGGUUGAUGCGCAUUUUCUGGCCGUCAGACACGCCCACCAAGCCUAGCGCUGGCGUGCUCGUGGGAUGGAGGAACUCAGAGCUGGACAUAUUCGUCGUGACAGUGCUUCGCGAUGUCGAGCUAAGGGCAGUCGAUAACGCCCUGCGCGUUGGCACGCUGUUCCGCAACGCGCCCUACCCCAUCAACGACAUCCUCGAACGAUGCGGGCACACGUCGCUGCAGGUCCUUGGGGCCCUGAAUCCCAGUACCUCUCCGACAUCGUUCGAUCCGAAAUCGCUUGUCGCCUACACAACCCCCUCGUCCAAAUACCCGCGCAUCUACUCACCCGACGAGUUCAACGUUCAAGUCAUCCUCUUCGACCGACCGGACCCAGGACGCAUGCAAUAUCUCUCGCUCAUGCCCAUCUCCUUGGCAUUGUCAGACAAACAAGUUCAAGCAGGGAAGGGAAUACCGCCGUUGGAUGGAAUAGACGCAGAAGAGGAGCAGGAGAAAGAGCGAAAACAGAAACUUGCGCAGAAGCUGAGGCUGCAUACCGUCAUCCGGCACACGCCCAGCCAGAAGGAAGAAUCGCUCUCGGACAUCAUCGAUCAGGUCAACUGCUCGUACGAGAUUGCUGCCCUGUGCCAGAAAAAUGCCGGUCUGGUCGGCACUCGGUCGAGACGAGCGUUAUCUAUGGGCGAAAGAGUGGUUGAAUCGGCCACGACAGCAUGGCACCAGAUCCUCCUAUUGCUCUGGCACAUUUUGAGCUGCUACGUGUACCCGGUCAUCGCAAGGCUCUUCAUCUUGGGACUCAUAGCACAUCGCAUUGCCGGCGAGGUGAUACUUCGUGUCCUGGACUGGCGCCUUUUACCGCAUUCGGCAGCCUUGAAGGACGUCUCGGCUACGUUUCAGCAAGUCGACAUACGACUGCAACAGUUUUGCUAUUGGCCCAUUCAGUUCCUUACACUGCAGGAGCGGAAGGUCAACUGGCAGAGCAUCACAAACAGCCACCCGGAGUACAUUCGUUUCUACAACAGUCUAUGGCUUGUUGCAAAUGACGUGAUCAUUGGCAUUGCCCUUGGCUCAUACAUAAUUGAGAACGCGGAUUUCGUGGCGCUUCAGGUGAACAGGAUCCUUACCGAGUGGUCAAUAGAUGGAUUGCGUGGGAUGAUAUCUUGGCUCAUGGAUUGGCCCGCUGGUUUGAAGCUGAAUAAUGAACUGGCCCAGUUUCUUGGAGACCUUUUCCUAUGGGUCAUUGACUAUUGGGCUGGAUGCAUUGAAACUCUUCGGCCUCUUCUGCCAGAGGUCAUCCAGUUCAUCGGCUUCUCUAGCUUCGCGGGCGCCACGAUGCCCAUCUCGCUCUUUUCCGAUCUCGUUUCCGUGCUGACGCUGCACAUCUAUUCGUUCUACGUCGCGUCCGCACGUAUCUUCAACUGGCAACUCAGCAUCAUUCUCUCGCUCUUCCACCUCUUCCGCGGCAAGAAGCGCAACGUGCUGCGCAACCGGAUAGAUUCAUGCGACUACGAUCUAGAUCAGCUGUUGCUGGGGACGAUUCUGUUCACCUUGCUAUUCUUCUUGCUUCCCACCGUCUUCGUUUUCUACCUCACUUUUGCGUCGGCGAGGAUGGCCAUCAUCGUCCUCAAAGCCGUUCUGGAUACCCUGCUAAUGUUGUUAAACCAUUUCCCCAUUUUUGCACUAAUGCUCCGAAUCAAGGAUUCCCGGCGUUUGCCUGGUGGCAUUCGUUUCGAUCUUCAAGAUACCCGUUCCGCGCGCUUACCGGAACAACAACCGCUCUCUGCGCCGACAUCCUACAUUAUCCUCAAGUCCGUCCCCCUUGGCUUCUGGGACAUGUUCAACCAAUACUGCCAGCUCGGCAACCGCAUCCGCAAGCACUACAUCUCGCCCGGCGUCUUCCUGUGCCUGGUCACGGGCCGAUUCGUGCCGCCCAUCCACCGCAAGAACUUGUACUCCUUACAGUACAGCAUGCUGCCGGCGCGGCGGGCGGGGAUACUAGAGCUAUGGGCGCGGCUAACGACACCGGCGAAGGAAGAGGAGAAGAAUAGCAAGAAGGGAAAAGGAGGGGAGAUAAAUGGGUAUGCGAAGAGCUACGGUAGAAAUGCUAAUGGGAGCGCGAAGAAGAAGGAAGGGAGGAUGUGGUGGGCGACGUGA